GGGAUGACAUGCCAUUACUGCGUCGACGACAGUGGCGAGAUGGACGGCUUCCGCCCAUCCUGCCGACCGCAGAUCAUAGAGGCAAACAGCGGCUCAUGUAUCUACAACGCCAUCCAGCAGGCCACGCGCCCGUUCAACAACGCGGGCAUCGCCGAUAUUUGCAAAGUAUGUCCUUGGGCCAUCCUCAACGAGCUUCCCGACGACUGCAGCGCGAAUAAGAGGAACAAGCUGGAUACCCCCGAACACUUACCCGACAACGGUCUGGCAGUUGAUGGGAGAUGCAGCGCCCACCAAGGGCAUCGCAUCGUCGAGCACGAGGAGAAGCUGAUCAUAGGGCACAUUCACGCCGUGCACGUCUCGCGCGCCCACAUGCACAACAGGCUGAUCAUGAAGCACACGAUGCUACGGCGGCGCGCGCUGGUGGCAGGGCGCCCGGAGCUGGGGCCGACGUCGGACGAGUUGUCCAUGGGCGAGGCUAGCGCGGCAGAGAAGUUCCUGAAGUAUUGGAACGGUGAUUGGACGCAGCACGUCCCGAGCCAUUGGUGUCUUGGCUGCUGCAAGGCGGACCCAGCCACUGGUGCAUCUGCUGAGGAUGACUGCAGGCAGAACCUUUUCGCGGCUGCCGUCGGGGUGGAC